AUCAUGUGAUUUCGGACAUGUCAUACACUUGCUGUUGGUCGUUUUAUGAAGUUUAACCCGAUUUAACUCGAAUUUGCUGUUUUGAGAGAAAACAUAUUGUGUCUCUGAAUUCUACACAUAAUCACUAAUCAUUCAGAAUGAAGAAAAAGGUGUUGCUGAUGGGGAAGAGUGGGUCUGGAAAGACAAGUAUGAGGUCCAUCAUCUUCGCUAACUUCAUCGCCAGAGAUACUAGACGACUUGGUGCUACAAUUGAUGUUGAACACUGUCACGUGCGCUUCCUCGGCAACCUGGUCCUCAACCUCUGGGACUGUGGAGGUCAGGAGGCGUUCAUGGAGAACUACUUUGCCAGCCAACGUGAUAACAUCUUCCGAAAUGUGGAAGUGCUCAUCUACGUGUUUGAUGUGGAGAGUCGUGAACUAGAGAAAGAUAUGCACUAUUACCAGUCAUGUUUGGAGGCUAUUCUACAGAACUCUCCAGAGGCGAAGGUCUUCUGUCUUGUUCACAAGAUGGACUUGGUGCAGGAGGAUCAGAGAGAAAUUAUCUUCAGAGAACGAGAGGAGGACCUGAAGAGAUUAUCCAAACCAUUGGAUUGUACGUGUUAUGCAACGAGUAUUUGGGAUGAGACUUUAUACAAGGCUUGGUCCUGCAUUGUUUACCUCCUCAUUCCGAAUGUUCAACAACUCGAGGUCAACUUGAAAAACUUUGCCACUAUUAUAGACGCAGACGAAGUGCUGCUCUUUGAGAGGGCAACAUUUCUGGUGAUCUCACACUGCCAGCGUAAACCUCACCGUGACAUCCACAGGUUUGAGAAGAUCAGUAACAUCAUCAAACAAUUCAAGUUGAGCUGCAGUAAACUGGCUGCGUCGUUCCAGAGUAUGGAAGUGCGCAAUGCCAGCUUCGCCGCCUUCAUUGAUAUCUUCACAUCGAACACUUACGUUAUGGUCAUCAUGUCUGACCCGACAAUCCCGUCUGCUGCCACGUUAAUCAACAUCAAGAAUGCAAGGAAACACUUUGAGAAGUUGGAGCGGAUAGAUCAGGGACAGCUUGGAACACGAUAACGACGUCUGUGUAAUCUGACUCUGAGUGGGCUUAACAUUGACCAGGGAUUGAAAGUAAUUGGAUGUUUUGGGGAACCUUUAUGGCUCAAUUUGUGAAUGGAUGACUUGAGGACGAAGCAGGUAAACAUAUGGGUGGACCUCUGUUAGUGUUAGUUAUUUAAGAUGGUUAAGUCUUAUGUGAUGAGCUAAUUCACUGUCAUAAUUCAAGAGUAAAAAUUAAAAAUCGAUACUGUCUUUUAAGCUGAUUGAGUAUUUUCUAAAUUUGGACAGGAUUAGAAUCAGCAGAGAGCCCUCUGUUUUGACCCAUUAAACCGACAGACUGAACUUGCAGAGGCAUUGUCUCUGUAGGUUCUGCUGGUGUAAUGAAGUCUGCUGAAACCAAAUAGAGUCCAAAUCCUGGUGUUCGGUACAAAUUGUAACGUAUCCAAAAUGGUUGGUGAUUGUAAAAAGUGAUGUAAAGUGUAUAUAACUGACAUGUAAAUAAAAGUAACAUUGAAAACAAA